AUGAGUGAUGAAAAGCAGCCUCUUUUAAUUGGACCCGGUAUACCUCUGGAUAGUACAGAGGUUCAAACUGUGGAACUUGUAUCACAUUCAGAAUUGACUAUUAAAGAUGAAAAACCAAAGAAAGCCGAUUAUCAUCCAGCCUCUGAACGCUACUUGGAACAUCCGACAUCUAAUCUGGAUACGCUCAUCCAUUUACUAAAAGGAAAUAUUGGUACUGGCAUACUAGCUAUGCCAGAUGCUUUUAAAAAUUCUGGUUUAUUUUUGGGUGUAAUCGGAACUUUAUUUAUGGGGACAAUUUGUACUCAUUGCAUGCAUAUGCUUGUUCAAUGCUCUCAUGAACUAUGCAUCAGAAACCAGAGGCCAGCAAUGAGUUUCGCUGAAGUAGUUGAAGAUGCUUUUGCUAUGGGACCCAUAGCUCUGCGUCCAUAUGCCAAGAAAUUUAGGACUAUAGUCAAUAUAUUUCUUGUUAUCACACAAUUAGGAUUUUGCUGUGUUUACUUCUUGUUUGUCGCUACUAACCUACAGGAUACAAUGCAUUUCUUUCAUCUUAAUCUCAGUGUACACAGUUACUUAGCAAUAAUAUUUCCGCCGAUGUUAGCACUUGGUUUGCUAAAGAAUCUUAAAUAUUUGACCCCAGUAUCUUUGAUCGCUGCAAUUAUGACGGCAUGGGGUCUUAUUAUAACAUUCUAUUAUAUCCUACAAGAUUUACCUCACACAAAUACAGUCAAGGCAUUUGCAAGCUGGCAUCAAUUGCCACUGUAUUUUGGAACGGCUAUAUACGCAUUUGAAGGUAUAGGAAUGGUUUUGCCGUUAGAAAACAACAUGAAGACCCCAGAAGAUUUCGGUGGUUGGACCGGCGUUCUCAAUACUGGCAUGGUUAUUGUAGCCUCUUUGUACACGGCUAUCGGUUUCUUUGGAUACCUCAAGUAUGGAGAUCAUGUAUUAGGAAGCAUCACCCUCAAUCUACCUAACGAUCUACUGGCACAAAGCGUGAGAGCUGUAAUGGCGGCCGCAAUAUUCCUGUCAUAUGGUCUUCAAUUCUACGUGCCAAUGAAUAUUGUAUGGCCGUAUAUUAAAUCUAAAUUAACUUCGGAUAAAGCGUUGGAACACGGCGAGGCUGUGACGAGAUUCGUUCUUAUUUCUAUUACAUUUACAGCGGCAACUUUGAUACCGAAUCUGAGCAGCAUUAUAUCACUAGUUGGAGCAUUCAGCAGUUCAGCAUUGGCGUUAAUAUUCCCGCCGUUGAUUGAAAUCAUGACUUUCUGGCCAGAUAGACUAGGAACCAACGAUUGGAUGCUCUGGAAGGACGUAGCAAUCAUCAUUUUCGGUAUAACAGGCUUUGUCUUCGGCACGUACGCGAGUUUGGAAACAAUAUUGAAACUUUAA